UUAGUAUACGAGGUUACUGUCCUGUCAUUGCUCUCAUUUAAUAAACGCAUAACGAAAAUGCUCUGUUCAUCACCAUUUAGAGUUUUAACAUGUUAGUCAACUUCAUGUGCUGAGACGUGUGUGUGCAUUUUGGAUAAGCUUUUGGUAAGUAAUAAAACGAAUGGAUUGCCAAUUUAUUAAAAAUCUAGUUAUAUGGAUAUUGUCUAUGUAUUAAAUUUCAAGGAAUGGCAACAUCCUCAUGAGAACGAAAUAUGAACUAAUGAUGCAGAAUAAGACAAGAAGUAGUCUCUAACAUAGAGUUUAAUGUCACGCUCUCAAUUAAGAACGUGUCUUUACAUUUGUACCACUUAUUAUUAAUAACUUCACCAGGGAACCAUUAUUUUCUCACAUAAGUAAUAAAUUUGUUAUUUGUAUUUCCUAAUACAUUUAUAGAUAAAAUCAAUAAACACAUUUGAACCUGAAAAGAGUUUACAAAUAACCAAAAGCAGGGCCUGAGUAUCUGGCGUGUGGGGGCCUUUGUAUUUGUUUGCCUUUGGGUUUUGGGUGAUCCAAUUCGAUAAGUUUUCUUUAAGUUUAAGAAAGAACAGGAUGUCCCAAAAUAUGAAGAAAUAAAUACACAUUCUAAGCCUAAGCUUGGAUAUCUGUCAUGCUAUAAAUAUAAGUGUUCAUCAUCCCAACACUUUCCAUUUCCAUUUUCCUAACCUUCAAAAUUAUAUUAUGGCUAACCACACUAUGAAGCUGCUCAACUUGCUUCUUCUCUUAGCCACCACCGUCUCAUCAGAUCCUGACCUUCUUCAAGACCUCUGUGUUGCUGACCUUGCCUCAGGUGUGAAAGUGAACGGAUUCAGCUGCAAAGAAGCGUCUAAGGUAAAUGCUUCAGAUUUCUUCUCCAACAUAUUAGGAAAAGCAGGAUCCACCAACAACACCUUUGGGUCAAUAGUGACAGGAGCCAAUGUUGAGAAAGUCCCAGGAUUGAACACACUUGGUGUGUCUCUGUCAAGAAUUGACUAUGCCCCAAAUGGCAUAAACCCUCCUCACACUCACCCUCGUGCCACUGAGAUUGUCUUUGUGCUUGAAGGCCAACUAGACGUAGGCUUCAUAACCACUUCCAAUGUCCUCAUAUCAAAGACCAUUAGCAAGGGUGACAUAUUUGUCUUUCCAAAAGGCUUACUUCACUUCCAACAGAACAAUGCUAACGUCCCUGCUGCUGUCAUUUCAGCCUUCAACAGCCAACUUCCAGGAACACAGUCCAUUGCUACAACCUUGUUUUCUGCCACACCUUCACUUCCCGACCAUGUCUUGACCAAGACCUUCCAGGUUGGUACCGGAGUCGUUCAGAAAAUCAAGUCCAGGCUUGCACCUAAGAAGUAAAAACUGCUACAUUGGUUCGGCUAUCUUGUAUCUUAUUCAUUCUUUCUGAAAAAUUCAAAACCAUUAUCGUAUAAUGUGAAGAUAAAUUGAAACUGCUUAUUCUAUAAAGAUGAUCGAGAUAGCUAAUA